AUGUCAACUGAGACAGAACUUCAAGUAGCUGUGAAAACCAGCGCCAAGAAAGACUCCAGAAAGAAAGGUCAGGAUCGCAGUGAAGCCACUUUGAUAAAGAGGUUUAAAGGUGAAGGGGUCCGGUACAAGGCCAAACUGAUCGGGAUUGAUGAGGUUUCUGCAGCUCGGGGAGACAAGUUAUGUCAAGAUUCCAUGAUGAAACUCAAGGGCGUUGUUGCUGGCGCACGUUCCAAAGGAGAACACAAGCAGAAAAUCUUUUUAACCAUCUCCUUUGGAGGUAUCAAAAUCUUUGAUGAGAAGACAGGGGCCCUUCAGCAUCAUCAUGCUGUUCACGAAAUCUCCUACAUUGCAAAGGACAUCACAGAUCACCGGGCCUUUGGAUACGUUUGUGGGAAAGAAGGGAAUCACAGAUUUGUUGCCAUAAAAACAGCCCAGGCGGCUGAACCUGUUAUUCUGGACCUGAGAGAUCUCUUUCAACUGAUUUAUGAAUUGAAGCAACGAGAAGAAUUGGAAAAAAAGGCACAAAAGGAUAAGCAGUGUGAACAAGCCGUGUAUCAGACAAUUUUGGAAGAGGAUGUUGAAGAUCCUGUAUACCAGUACAUUGUGUUUGAGGCUGGACACGAGCCAAUCCGUGAUCCCGAAACGGAAGAAAACAUUUAUCAGGUUCCCACCAGCCAAAAGAAGGAAGGUGUUUAUGAUGUGCCAAAAAGUCAACCUGUAAGUAACGGCCAUCCAUUUGAGGAUUUUGAAGAACGGUUUGCUGCGGCCACCCCGAACAGAAACCUGCCGAUGGACUUUGAUGAGAUUUUAGAGGCAACAAAGGCUAUGACCCAACUAGAACUUUUUGGGGACAUGUCCACCCCUCCUGAUAUAACCUCUCCCCCCACUCCUGCAACUCCAGGUGAUGCCUUUAUCCCGUCUUCAUCUCAGACACUCCCGGCGAGUGCAGACAUGUUUAGUUCUGUACCUUUCGGCACUGCUGCUGUACCCUCAGGUUAUGUUGCAAUGGGCGCCGUCCUCCCAUCCUUCUGGGGACAGCAGCCCCUCGUCCAACAGCAGAUCGCCAUGGGUGCCCAGCCGCCAGUCGCUCAGGUGAUGCCGGGGGCUCAGCCCAUCGCAUGGGGCCAGCCGGGUCUCUUCCCCGCCACUCAGCAGCCCUGGCCAGCUGUGGCCGGGCAGUUUCCGCCAGCCGCCUUCAUGCCCACACAAACUGUUAUGCCUUUGCCAGCCGCCAUGUUCCAAGGUCCCCUCACCCCACUUGCGACUGUCCCAACCACGGGUGACUCCACCAGGUCAAGUCCACAGACCGAGAAGCCCAGGCAGAAAAUGGGGAAAGAAAUGUUUAAAGAUUUCCAGAUGGCCCAGCCUCCACCCGUGCCCUCCCGCAAGCCCGACCAACCCUCCCUCACCUGUACCUCAGAGGCCUUCUCCAGUUACUUCAACAAAGUCGGGGUGGCACAGGAUACAGAUGACUGUGAUGACUUUGACAUCUCCCAGUUGAAUUUGACCCCUGUGACUUCUACCACGCCAUCAACCAACUCACCUCCAACCCCAGCCCCUAGACAGAGCUCUCCAUCCAAAUCAUCUGCAUCCCAUGCCAGCGAUCCUGCCACAGAUGACAUCUUCGAAGAGGGCUUUGAAAGUCCCAGCAAAAGCGAAGAGCAAGAAGCUCCUGAUGGAUCACAGGCCUCAUCCAACAGUGAUCCAUUUGGGGAGCCCAGUGGGGAGCCCAGUGGUGAUAAUAUAAGUCCACAGGCCGGUAGCUAGAUAGCACAGGUCUGGGAGCUGGAGCCUCUCUAUGCGCAGAUCAACAGACCCAAGAAAUAGCAUCAGUGUGGGCUCAUGGCAGGUGCUUCAAGACUGGCAUGGAAAUCGGCAUCGUGAUGGGCUCUCUUGUAUUCUUUCACCUCACCUCAUCCCACGAAGAAAUUAAUGACUGCCCAACAGAACUCAUUUGGAAAAGGGAACUAAGAGUUUUUGGCAACAAUGGCAGAUAACUAUGGCAGCACAAAAAAAAUCACAAAAGUAUAAAAAAAUCAUACCCAGCAUUAAGUCACAAAUCAAGCAAAUGCUUACCCGACAAAUACUCUGAGCUCUGUUAGCAUGGGUUUAAGAUGACCCAGGAUGCAAAAUCAUAACUCUCUCUUUAUUUCUCAACUGUUGGCCACAAUAAAGACAUCAAAUGUGGGGUUACAGGCCUCAGAGAACGACAGCAGGGUUGGCACUGACUUCUCUUAGACACGAGCAAGAUGUCCUCGUGACGACAGUAUCCUCAUCCUUAUGCCUUUUGACGUAUGAUGAUGUCUUUUCAUCGCUCCACAGGGCCUCGUCUGCCAUUUUGUCCCCUUUCCUUUGUCAUGUUUAAAAAUUAAUGGGUGUAAAGAUUUUUGUAUUGCUUUUGACUUUUUUUUAGAUAUGGGUGAGGAAAUCUAACUGGAAAAGGAAAGCCUCAUAUGAAAUGAAUUAACUUGAAAAUCACAAGACAGAUAAGUGGUUGAUUAUGAUCAAGAAUGUUGCCAAAACAACCCUUCAGCUAUUCUGCACCCUGGUGAAGAAAGACAGCUUUUGGUUCGAAUCUUCAUUCUGCGAGUAGGAAAGGACAUCGGAUCCCAUUGAUAAGAAAGAUGAAAAAUGCAUCUGGUUUUCUAAGAAGCUGUAAACUCUAAGUACAAUAAAAUGAUAUUUUUUAUUUUUCCGAUAUCUUGCUGCUGUGAUGCUAUGCAGACAAGUGUCUUCUCCACGUGCCAUUUUCAAAGAAAAGUCAUUUGCCAAAUAAUUCUGGUACAAUCCUGUUAAUGUGGUUUUGGAUCUUAAAACCAACUUUCUAAUGGAACAAUGGUGACAUGAAUAUUCAGAAUAACAAACUGAUUCCGAGAUCACAAUGGUUCAUCUGUAUCUCUUUUUGUACAUCAGAAAAUUCA